AAACUUUACGACCCAAUAACCCACGACGGGUUAAAUCAUACAUCAAGCCUCGCCGCUGGACCCAGAGAGAAGAGAGACUGGAGAAGCCACCAGAGCAGGACUGCAAGAGAGUGGUGGCCACAUUUCAAAGACUCGGCGUGAUAGAAUUUUACGACCCAUGCCAGCAUGCAACUGGCAGAUCUCACCAUGUCACCAGGCAGUGGAAGGGAAAUUAUAGAAACGUAUCAGCCGUCUUUGAGAAUAAGGAUCCAAACUUUUCGGACGGAGCAGACUGUGAUAUUUUAUUUCGAAAAGGAACGAGACUUCGAUCACGCUAUACUUAUGCUCAAGCGCAUUGGAUUCCGCGUCCAAGAUGGCAUCCCGCUUGAGUUGCAUACUUGCACCACGACGAAGCGCGACCCUAUAUCAUCACAUCACUUCGGUCGUUGGUGGAUUGGCGGGUUAAACAACUGCGUGGUUUUAUCUAGGCCCAAGAGGGCACGAUAGAACCUUACGACCCUGGUACAGUUACCAGAGCAUUGUCAUCUUUCCGUCCAGAUCUCAGCUCUCUCUUCUAUUGGACAUCUUGACAACUACUCUUUUACCUCUCGGCGAUAGCUCACAAUAUAUUUUCUCUCUUUCAAAUUCAACCAGGCAUGAAGAAAUUUACGACCUAUCAACGUCUUCAUCAUCGUCG